UGGGGAAAGAUCUUUGUUGAAAAAUCCUAAAUUAAUUCGAAAGGCUGAGCCUUCGUCAGGUCAACAUAACGUGGCAAAUACGCUCAAAAAAGAAUACAAGAGCUGAACGCAGAUAGAGGUCUGUGCUCGUCGUCUGCUCCGCCAUGGACCUGGCCGUGUCUCAGCGCCACCGCCACAACCCCGUGGACAGCAUCUGCCGCAAGCUGAAGACCAUCCAGCGCCGCAACCAAGAGGCUGACUCCUCGCCCUUCCACAUCCCCCGCUUCCAGUCCAGCAGCUACAACAGCCCCCAGCCCGGGCUCCGCUGCAAUCUGGAGUCCAUCCUGAAGAAACGCACCGUCCGCUCUGACCACCCGGACACCCCUGCUGUUGGCGCCUCUGCCUCUAAGACUGACGGGUCGUCCACCACCUCCUCCUCAUCCAUUGGUGCCUCGGCUACCGCCUUGGGCAUGUUGACUCCGAAGGGGUCCCCAGGGAGGUCACAGGGUCGGCGGCUGACCCUUGGCGCGAGCGGAGCGUCGCCACUGGUCACCCCAUGCCCCGUUAAUGCCACCUACACCAUCACUAGCACGGUUACAGACCGACGGACCUCCUUUGGGCUCGGGCAGAGGCAAGGCUGGCAGCGGACCUGCUCCACGCCCGCGGCCGCCCAGUCCGAGACAGACGGGUACUUCACGUUUGGGCGUAGCGCCCCCUACGGGCAGCCCGAGGCAAGAGAGACGCCCGCUGCCAACCCCCUGGAGAUGGACGGGGAGAGGGAGAGGAGACGGAGCCCGACGCACAGCCUGCUGUCCUACAACCUGAACUUCUGCACGUCAGACGUCUCCACACUGCUGGACGGGGAUGUGGGCUACCCAGCCCUGUUGGUGAAGAGGCUCUCCCUGGGGGACGGUUUGCUGUCCUCAGAGACCAAGAAGGAGAACAUGACCGAGGUCAGCCUCAUCUGCGAGGAGGACCUGCUGGACACCAUAUUCCAUGCCUGUGACACUCAGCGCAGAGGUAAGGUGUACGUGUCCCGGAUUGUGGACUACCUGCGCCACACCACUAGCCGGAGCUCGGAAGACAGUGGCCUGGAGGAGCUGUGCAACAUGCUGGACCCAGACAACAAGGACAUCUCCAUCGACCUGGACACCUACCACGCCGUCAUGAAGGAGUGGAUUGAGGACUGCCGCAAUCAGGGAGAUGACACGGCAGAGAAUGUGACCCAGGAGUCGGUGAAAGUACCAGACAGUUUAGCAGCGAAGAGAUCAGCUCUGUUAAACAUGACCUCAGGCAGCCUUGAAGCGUUUGGUGGAGAGACGACCAAAAGUGACCUGGAGACCUCCGACUUGAUCUACUGUGUGGCAGACCUACAGUUCACCAAUCAGAAGCUGCAGGAGGAGAUCCGCAAGCUCAAACAGGCCAUGGAGUCCAUGGAGGACACCAAUCAGAAGCUCAUCGAGGAGAAUGAUCACCUCAAGACUCAAGCCAAAGUGGGGCAGCAGCUGCUGCAGAAGGAGAAGAUGCUGAAGGAGGAGGUGGAGGAGAUGAAGAUGACUCUGAGCUCGUCUGAGGAGAGUCGAGCUCAGGCUUCCGCCCGGAGCAAACAGAUGGAGCGGGAGAAUCAGGGUCUCAUUUCAAAGAUCUCUGCUCUUCAAGAAGAGAACAUCAAAGUCACCAUGGAGAUGGAUGUCCUUCAGAAGAAGAUGGGAGACCUGUGUGAUCUCAAUGCUGACCUUCAGAUUCAGAUCCAUUCAUUUGAUGCUGUUCUGAGGGAAAAGGAUUCUGUUAUAUGUCAGAAAAACAGGCAUUUAGAAGAUCUCAAGGCAGUUAUAGUGGAGUACUCUUCUGUUACUGAGAUUUUGAGGGCAGACAAGACAAAGCUGGAGAAUCAGAUGCAGAUGAUGCAGCCAGAUAUAACCUCUGCGGGUCUGUCUCUGUCGGUGGCGUACCGGCUCAACCAGACCAGUCUGGGCUCCCUGCAGACUGAACUAGCCCUGGCACAGAACCCUCUGGAGGGUGUGGAGCGCUUCUCCACCUCCAUGUGUAUGGCCUCUCCGCUGGACGAGACCCUGGACAGAGAGGUGCUAUUGCUCAUGCAGGGCCCCACACCGGAGCAGCAGUCCCUGGAGUUCAAAAGCCUCAUCCGCAGACUGAGGAAAGAGUUCCAGGAAGACCGCUACACUGUUCUAUCAGCAUUGAGGAACCAUCCAGCUGCUCAUGAUGAACAGGAGAUUUCCACCAAUCAGAAACUUCAGGUUGAGUGUGAGCGGCGUCGGCAGGACUGGGCCCAGGUUCUGGAGCAGCUGCAGCAGUACACAGACUCCCUGGAGAAGGAGCUGCUGAAGAUGGCCAGCAACAUGCGCCGCUCGCGCACCGAGAUCCUGCACCUGUCCGUCAGGGUCCAGGAACAGGAGAAUCAGAAACAGCAGCUAAAGGAUGAGCUGGACCAGCAGAAAACCCCGCCGGACAGCAGAGAGGCCAGCUGCCAAACACCUGAUGUACCACAGGUUGAAGAGGACCCGGACGCUCCAUCGUUAGAGUGGGAAGAGGAAUACGUGAUUCCCGAGUCGCCGCCGCCGCCAUCGUCUAACGCCCAGAACGGUUCCCCGCUCAGUGGAAGCAAGGAGUCGUCCGGCCCGAGGGACGACGAAGGAGACGCUAAACGGCCCGAGGAGUCGAGGUCAGGAGGCGGUGAGGAAGAAGAGGAGGAGGAGGAGGAGGAGGAGAAACAGAACGGCAGCGAGAGGGGCGAGGAAGGGCAGCUGGACUCGGGCGUGGAGGAGGAGGAGACGCCGCAGGGCGAACUCGCCCGCUCACGGAGUGACAUUCCGGAAGCCUCGGAGGACGGUCCCCACAUCGAAACCACAGAAACCCCACAGCCACAGACUGAAGCUGUAACAGAAUCCAGUGGACAACAGGAAGAGCCAACUUCCCAGAAUGCACUGGGCCCGAGGACGCCCACAAGCAGACUGUGUGUGCUGAGCAACGAGAUCCUGCUCCUCUUCCUCCCACACACACUUCAGCAGCUGACCCUGUGCCCUCUGAAACCAGCAAGGCCAACCCAGUGCUGGAGUCCCUCCCUUCAGAAGCUUCCCCUGGACAAGAGGAGAUGGUAUCUCCCAGCAACACACCUGCUGAGCUGGGUGAAACCAUUUCUCCAUCUCCCAGCAGUGUGUGCGGAGGCCGCGUCGGGUGAGAGCACCACAGGAGAGGAGGGGGCCAGUACCAUGAGCCUCAACGACUCUCAGAAGCUGCCUCACCAGCCUCCAGACUCCACUGGCACUAAGACUGAAUCCUCAGACAUCACCACGGCAACCAGCGGUGUAAACAACACCCCUGCUGACUCCUCCGACAAGGCUAAGGAUGACUCCCAGGUCACCAGUGACCCUGGCGCUCCAGACGGUAGCAAACCGGAUGCAACUGCAGGACCGUCUCCUCCAGGGGGCGACAGAGACUCCCCACUUAACAAGCAAAAGAUGGCCCUGGAGAAGGAACAGAGUACAGAGGCCCCCGAGGGACAAAAAGUGCAGGAAGACAGUGAGGUGUCUGCUGCAACGGAGAAGGAAGGUGAGACCUCAGUUGUGUCUGAAGAUGCCAGUGAUCGUGAGGACAGGAGAAACAGCUGGAGCCUGUCUGCCAGUGAAAAGGAAAUUGAGGCGGAGUUCCACCGCCUGUCUCUGGGCUUCAAGUGUGACAUGUUCACGCUGGACAAGAGGCUGCGGCUAGAAGAGCGCUCCCGCGACCUGGCCGAGGACAACGUCCGACGCGAGGUGUCCAGCUGCCAGGGAUUACUGCAGGCCCUGAUCCCUCUCUGUGAGGAUGACGGUCAGUCCAUGGAGAUCAUUCAUCGGCUGCAGAAGAACCUGGAGAUCCUCAUCCAGUCCAUGGUCAGGGUUUCCAGCCGCUCAGAGAUGCUGGGCGCCAUCCACCAGGAGAGCCGUAUUGGUAAGGCCGUGGAGGUGAUGAUCCAGCACGUAGAGAACCUGCGGCGCACCUACACCAAGGAGCACGCCGAGCUGCUGGAGCUCCGAGAGACCGUCACACACAGCGAGCGCUCCUUCGGCUCCCACGCCAUGGACAGAGCUGAUGACUUUAGGAAUAAGAAGCAGUCUGGUUCACAGUACUAUAAGCAGUCCUCCUCACGACGGGUCAGCAUCGCAGUGAUCCCACGCAGUGGAGACCUGUCCAAAUCCCCAGACUCUGGAGACAUGGAAACUGACAGACUAUCCAGGAGACCCCCCUGGAAAGGAGGCAGCGGUCAGCGCCCGCCACUGAAGCGCUUCGUUAGUUCUGGGGCAUGGCCCGACAGUGAAGGUUCUAGAAACUGUCUGGACGACUAUCCGCAUGUGAAUCGGUUUGGCUACGACACAGACUCGCACUCAGAGGAGGAGCGGCGAGAGGAACCGGUGGUGGAGAGGAGGAAGUCCAGCCUCACGGAGCUGGGCAACAAGCUCACCUCCCUCAUUAUGCCCCUCAAGAUGUUUAACGGUGCAGAACGUCCGCAGUCAUCUUGUGUCAAAAGCCAGACUCCCAGCCCCACCCCUCCCAAGGAGCAACCAGGGUCCACAGCGUCCACAGACGAGCCCCUCCACUUCGCCACCGGCAGCAGGGCCUCGCCCCCCUCCUUCUCUCUCCCCAACUUGUCGGCGUGGCGUCCGGGCCUGCCCCGCAGCCUGUGGGUGUGGGCGGCCGUGCUGUUGGUGCUCGCCGGCCUCCUGGCCAUCCUGGCCAGCCUGGUGCUGCAGCCGGCGGCGGACGCAGCCCCCGUGGGCACCGGGGACUCCUGGAUGACCAUCCAGCAGCUGCUGUGGCCCUACACCAGCCUCCGGCACAACGGACAGCCCCCCGUCUGACCGCCCAGCGGAGAGCGGAAGCCACGGGACAGUCGGGACAAGGCACCAAAAGGGGUGGGGGUGGGGGGGGGGGACCAGACAGUGACGCCCUCCCCGCCCUUCACCACCUCCACCACCACCCUACAACCUCCACCCUUGCACUUCACGCUACCUGUGCUGCAAUCACUUGUUUGUGUUUGUUUAAUUACUUUUUUAGUUCACCUGCGUGUGUGUAUGUGUGGAGCAGCAGUAUUGUAAUCUGCAGCACCUGACUCUGCUGUCCUUAUGCCGUUCUGCUCUCGAUUGCUCUGGUCUGCUCAGCUCAGCUCAGCUCAAACUUGCUGGCUGCGCUCCUCUAACACAAGGAUGGCAGUGCUGCCACAGAAACUGACAUGCAAUAUGGACACAUGACUCUGCGGGCUCCCCCGUUGCCAUAUCAACUUGAGAACACAAUUUGGCAUCGCUGUUGCAUUGCGACUGGGUGCUCAAACGAUCGUGAUUCACUAAAUUCACUUCCUAGACACUGCCCAAUUGAAUCAUGGAUGUUUUUGUUUUUAUUUUUGUUUCCUUUGGAUAGGAGCUUUGGCUGCCUGGUUUUGAAAUACUCACUUUAUUUUUCUUUCAUAGAUUUAUUUCUAAAUCCAAGAUGGCACUUGGGCUUGACAAAGAAGCUGCCUUUUAAGCACAUUUUUUCCCCACCACUUAUCUCUAAAUCAGUGACUUACAUAUUUUAAUAGCAGCUACACGAAGUCAUGAAAUCAUGAACUGGUUAUUUCUUUAAGCUGCCAAUUCCAAGGGGAACAUAAUUUAUUCUUUUAGUUCUAUGUUAUUAGAUGAAGAGUGAGGGGGGUUUAAAACCUCUUUUUCUCUUUAUUAUAUCUAUUUUUUUGUUACUGUUUGUUACAAGCACACAAUGGUUUUUCUUUGUCUCAUGUUCUUGCUGUGUUCAUCACUGUUUUGACUUCAUACACUUUUGUAUGUCCAAAGAGGGGGAGACAAAGGCUUUGCACAAUAAAGUAACUCAAUGUACUGAGGAGAAUGA